CAGUCAAUCACUUUGCAGUCAGUUCAUAUCAUAAGCUUGAUCUGACUAAGGUUUCAUCCCUUCUUGGAAUCAGUUGUGAUUUGUGAAUUCUACACAGCAACUGUGCUUUGUACAAAGAGCUUUUUGCUAAGAAUAUUCUUAAAAGAACAAUCAAAAAUGGCAACGUCCUACAAUUGGACUUCAGGUGAGGGCAGCCAAGAACCAAAUGACCAUGGGUCAUCAUUGCUUGUCAGUGAUUUGCACCCAGAUGUGACCGAACAAUUGUUGCAUGCAAUAUUCAGCCCAUUUGGACCGAUCUGUUCUGUGCGAGUGUGCAGAAACACAAUAACCAACCGGUCUCGUGGGUAUGGUUUUGUGACCUUUGAACACCGCCAGCAUGCAGAAAAUGCCCUAGAGGCUCUGAAUUUUUUGGAGCUCAUGGGCAAACCAAUGUGCAUCACAUGGGCCCAACACAUAACUAUUAAUGUCCUAGCAAGGCCUAGUGACAGGCCAGCUAUAUAUGAUGCAGUUUCAAACUUCGGGGAAAUCAUGAAGUGCAGAGAGGGCUGCGACAGGAGCGGCGAAUCCAAAGAAAAGGAGAGCAGCUCUAAUCCACAAGUGUCACUGAUUGUGAAUGAUCUGCACCCAAAUGUGACAGAACAGGAUUUGCAUGCAUUAUUCUUCCCGUUCGGACCCAUCUGUACUGUGAAAGUGUGCAGAGAUAUAAGAACCAACCUGUCCCGCGGGUAUGGUUUUGUUAUUUUUAAACGCCGCCAUGAUGCAGAAAAGGCCCUGAAGGCUCUUACAUUUUCAGAGCUCAUGGGGAAACCAAUGAACAUCAUGUGGGCCAAAGAUAUGACUGUUAAGGUGCUAUCUAGAGACGAUGAAAGAGGUUUCCGUGACAUUUAUGCUGAUGAAACUGAACCCACUGAGUCACGGGGAAGAAGGCUUGCUAAUGCUGUGAAAAGUUUUUUCACAACAUCGUUGAGCAGCCCAGGAACCUGGCUGGGUAUUGGCCUUUUUGCCUUAGCCAUACACAGAGCUCACUGCAAUACUGUAAUACCCGUUUAA